UUUGAAACAGCUGGAUCUGCCUCCCCUUCAAUUUCAGCCAGGAGCCCCACAAGCUCCGGACUGGCUGGCGGAGGAUGAACUGAUCAACACGGUGAAGCUGGGAUUCAGUUGCUGGCAAGUUCCAGAGAAUGGGUGGCUGGAAGAGCCUGCCUGUGCUUCUGCUACUGCUGUUGCUGCUCUCAUGUGAUAGCCAAGCAGGACGGAAUGUGAAGAGCAACGUGUGCAAGUGGUGUGACAACACGUACCCAGUCUGUGAAGAACAGGUGUGCUACAGCAACUGCGAUUUAAGUUCCUAUUGUGAAAAACCAGAGGAAAUCUGUGUGUCUAUAUGGAAACAAGACAAUGAAAGCAUUCGAGUGAGCACGCUCUGUCACAACCCACAGCUCCCUGUGGAAAAUGUCAUGGUUCCCAAGUAUAACACGUCACAGUGUGUUAUGGUCCGUCAGCACAACGAGGAUGGGGUGUUUUACAUCUGCGGCUGUGUGAAUGAACAGGAAUGCAAUGACAAACUUAUAUUUGAAAAUCAUACCAAUGGAUAUUCUAUGUUACAAAGCAAGGAAAUAAUUCCUGUGGCAGCCAUCAGCCUGUUGCCGCCACUGCUAGUUGCCAUCGUGAUAACAGUGAUAUUCUACCUCUGCCGAACCCACAGGCAGAGGAGGAGAUCCAAGGAAUGGUCCCAGAAACAAACCCAGCGUCACACGCUGUCCAAACCAAGCAGAGCCACUGGCUAUGAUGAGAUCCUGUGUGUCAAGAUGGACAACCACUCCGCCCUGAGCUCAGCCUGCGCCAACAACAUCCACCGCAACACUGAACUGUUGCCCAUUGAACUAGACCAGAGAGUGGGGAAAGGGCAGUUUGCUGAAGUCUGGAGAGCAAAACUGAAGCCCGCCUCCUCCGGCCAGUAUGAGGCCGUGGCAGUGAAGAUUUUCCCUUGCGAGGACUACGCUUCCUGGAAAAAUGAAAGCCAGAUCUUCACCGACGCCAACCUGAAGCAUGAGAGCAUCCUCCAGUUCCUCAUGGCGGAGGAGAGACACUCAGGACUCCAGAAAGAAUAUUGGCUCAUCACAGCCUACCACAGCCAGGGAAACCUCAAGGGAUAUUUGUCCAGGAAUAUUCUGAGCUGGAGGGACUUGCAGAAGACAGCCGGCUCCCUAGUGAGCGGUGUGGCUCACUUGCACAGCGACUACACAGCCAGCGGCAGCCCAAAGAUCCCCGUCGCCCAUCGAGAUAUCAAAAGCACAAACAUCUUAAUGAAGAACGGACAGGAAUGUGUGCUCUGUGAUUUUGGAAUUGCCUUGAGGCUGGAUCCAUCCUUAACCGUGGAAGAUUUUGCUAACAGCGGACAGGUGGGGACGGCCAGAUACAUGGCUCCUGAAGUUUUGGAAUCCAGAGUGAAUCUUGAAGAUUUGGAGUCCUUCAAACAAAUGGACGUGUAUUCCAUGGCUCUGGUUUUAUGGGAGAUAGCCUCCAGGUGUGACGCUAUAGGAGACGUCAAGAGUUAUGAGCUACCAUUUGGAUCGAAGGUCCGGGAGCAACCCUGCAUGGAGGUUAUGAGAGACAUCGUCCUGCACGGUCGAGGGCGUCCAGAGAUACCAAGUAACUGGAUGGUGCAUCAGGGAAUGCAUUUCCUGUGUGACACCAUCACAGAAUGCUGGGAUCAUGACCCCGAAGCUAGACUCACAGCCCACUGCGUAGCAGAGCGGUUUAACCUAAUGGCACAAACAGAUUGUGAUGACAUCCUCAACAACAACAGCAUUGACCAUGAGGCAAGCAAAAUGGGUAGUCCAAGAGAUGAAGAUCAAGACACUCACAGAGACAUCCAGUGACUGGAGAAAUAACAGCUGGACAGACGCACUAACGGCCAUGCCACUCAACAAAGAUAUACCAAAUACCAGCACAUUUAGAUUCAUGAAUGUAUAAAAAACAUAUAUAUUUAUAAGAUCUUUUUAUUUACUGAACAAAAGGCAGAUCCACUCUAUUAAUGUUAUGUCCAGUACAGUCUAUAAAUGAUUUAAUACUUAUUUUAAAGGUAAAGUUAUUGGGUGAAAUCUGAGUAUCCCUCUGAUGUCAGAAGGCUUCUGUCAGCAGAAUGGGGCGAUGGGUGAUUCCCCCUCCCAUCUGUGCUCCCCCAAUCCAUUCCAGAAGGUUGGGUGGCUCCCCAGAGCACAUUUCGGGGGAAGCAUAAGGGGCUGCAGGGGGAGGGAAAGACGGUGAAGU